AUGGAAAGAAGUGUAACCUUUUUCGGAUUGGAAACUAUCAAUAGAGUGUCAUUCCUAAGGGACGACGAGGUUUUCAUCAAGCAAGCGUUCGAACAUGGAAGUACUCAGUUUGUACCGUUUAUCAAUGGGGCAGCAUUCGCAACUGAGACUAGUGACAAGUCUGGUACCAAUUUAUUAAUGUUAGGACAUCAAGGUUGUCCUAACUACUCGGAAUGGCCAGGCUUACUAAACAAGAUAAGAUCUGUCAUGGAUACCGAGAGAGGAUGGUUAGUUGAAUCCGGGUUCACAAUAACGUUUUUAGGGUUGAUGGAUGGUGACAGCAGUUUUUCUUACAAGGAGUACACCGGUACCCCAUUGUUUGCCAUGGAUUUGCGGCCAGCGUCCGAUACUCUAGUUCAAAAGUCGGAGACAAAGUUCAUACUAGAUCAAUACGAACCACUUGGGAGGAUGCAAGCAUUCAACCUAAGCAAUGAAGUUGCUUCGCUCUUCUCUCAUGCAAACAUGUACUUAGAUUGGCUGAGAAAGUUUUUGUUUUGUCCCGGAUGUGCAUCGAAAGUAUUUCCUGUCCAUGGUGGAACCAAAUUACAAUGUGGAAAUAACGACGAAUCUGUUAAAUGCUCGGUAAGGGACGCAGCUGUUUCAAAUGUGUGUUUCCCAAGAACAGAUCCAGUGGUCAUUGUUGCAAUCGUAGACAGAUGUUUCUCAAAAAUAUGUCUCGCAAGAUCAAGAAGAAAGCACGGUAACGCGGUAAUGUAUUCCACCAUCGCUGGUUUCAUGGAACCUGCAGAAACUGUGGAGCACGCUUGCCAGCGUGAAAUAUGGGAAGAAACUGGUAUUAAAGUUGAACUAAAUGAUGUGGAUAUCCUUUUCACGCAACCUUGGCCGUAUCCCUGCAACUUGAUGAUUGGUUGCCUUGGUUUGAUCGAUUUUAAUGGUGACAAUGAGAUAAUUAAUUUAGAACAUGAUAAAGAAUUGUUGGAUGCCCAAUGGUUCGAGAUGGAACUUGUGUCUCAGGCCUUUGAAAGGUACGGUAAAGCACCAAAGGGAUUGGUAAAUUUUGAUGACAGGAUCACUUUCCCUGGUGAUACAGCUAUCGCACAUCAAUUGAUAGAGCAUGCUGUAAUCAAGUACAAAAGAUUUAACGGACAUUUGUAA